UUGGGACCACUCGUGGAGGUCUGUGUCUGCAGGCUGGGGGCAGCUGAUUUCAGUGGGAAAGCUGCUUGUAGUGUAAAAUUAAAACCCACUUGUGAAGAUGAGUACAAAAGCAGCUGGAUCUUCUCUGAGAGAGCUCUCCUCUCGCUUGUAUUGCUAAGGGUUGGGUUACUUUUCACUUCUGUGCACCAAAGAAGUUUAAAGCAAGCUUGAAUUGCUCUGUGGCCAUGAUUUCUGACCUGGCCCUUAGCAGGAGGGAGGCCUCAGCCAGCACACAUGUACCUGACAGCUCCAAUCACUGAAUUCCCUCUUUGGGCAUAUCAAACUCUCAGCAGUUACCCCUUACACAUUGCCAAUGUGAAGUAUCAGAAGAGCCUAGCUUGAAACUUUCUGGGACAAAGAGGACCGGUUUAUUCCCUCUCAUUCUUUGAUUUUAAGAAGUGAAGAAAGAGCCUCAAAGUGUUGUGAGUAAAGACGAGGGCUGCUCCUCCGCUCCAGGGCCUGUCAUGGAUGAAGAGACUCAGCACAGCCUUGAAUGCAUCCAGGCUAAUCAGAUUUUUCCCAGGAAGCAGCUGAUCCGAGAGGAUGAGAACCUUCAGGUCCCGUUCAUUGAACGGCACGGUGAGAGUACAGAGUAUGUAGGAAGAGCAGAGGAUGCCAUCAUUGCACUUUCCAAUUACAGGCUUCACAUCAAAUUCAAGGAGUCUGUUGUGAAUGUUCCAUUGCAGCUCAUAGAAAGCGUUGAGUGCCGUGAUAUAUUUCAACUUCAUCUGACUUGCAAGGACUGCAAGGUUAUAAGGUGUCAGUUCUCUACUUUUGAGCAGUGUCAAGAUUGGCUCAAGCGACUGAACAAUGCCAUCCGCCCUCCUUCCAAGAUAGAAGACCUCUUCUCCUUUGCCUACCACGCGUGGUGCAUGGAGGUAUAUGCCAGUGAGAAGGAGCAGCACGGGGACUUGUGCCGGCCAGGAGAACAUGUAACUUCAAGGUUUAAAAACGAAGUGGAGCGGAUGGGGUUUGAUAUGAACAAUGCCUGGAGGAUUUCCAACAUCAAUGAGAAGUACAAGCUCUGUGGUAGUUACCCCCAGGAAAUCAUUGUUCCUGCCUGGAUCACAGAUAAGGAGCUAGAGAGCGUGGCAAGCUUUCGGUCCUGGAAGCGUAUCCCUGCUGUUGUGUACAGGCACCAGAGCAAUGGGGCAGUCAUUUCCCGCUGUGGACAGCCUGAGGUCAGUUGGUGGGGCUGGAGGAAUGCAGAUGAUGAACACCUUGUCCAGUCUGUAGCCAAAGCCUGUGCCUCAGACUCGAGGUCCAACAGUAACAAGUUAAUGAAUGGAAAUUGUUCCAGAGAUUUCUCCAAUGGAGGGGACCUCUCUGAUGUGGAAUUCGACUCCUCCAUCUCUAACGCUUCAGGAGCAGAGAGUUUGGCAAUACAGCCUCAGAAGCUUUUGAUCUUGGAUGCACGAUCUUACGCAGCAGCUGUGGCAAACAGAGCCAAAGGUGGUGGCUGUGAGUGCCCAGAAUAUUACCCAAACUGUGAAGUAGUGUUCAUGGGGAUGGCAAACAUCCAUUCCAUCCGGAAGAGCUUUCAGUCGCUGCGUUUGCUCUGCACACAAAUGCCAGAUCCAGGAAAUUGGUUAUCAGCUCUGGAAAGUACCAAAUGGCUGCAGCACUUGUCUGUGCUUCUGAAGUCUGCGCUGCUCGUAGUUCAUGCCGUGGACCGAGACCAGCGGCCGGUCCUGGUGCACUGCUCAGAUGGCUGGGACCGAACCCCCCAGAUAGUGGCACUGGCCAAACUGCUGCUAGAUCCGUACUACAGGACCACAGAGGGUUUCCAGGUGCUAGUGGAGACGGAGUGGCUGGAUUUUGGCCACAAGUUUGCAGAUCGCUGUGGCCAUGGUGAGAACUCGGAUGACCUGAAUGAGCGCUGCCCAGUGUUUUUACAGUGGCUGGACUGCGUCCAUCAGCUCCAGAGGCAGUUCCCUUGCUCUUUCGAGUUUAACGAAGCAUUCCUUGUGAAGUUGGUGCAGCACACCUACUCUUGCCUCUUUGGUACAUUCCUGUGCAACAAUGCGAAAGAGAGAGGAGAGAAACACACUCAGGAACGGACCUGUUCUGUCUGGUCUUUGCUGCGGGCAGCAAACAAAGCCUUCAAAAACCUGCUCUACUCCUCCCAGUCAGACUCUGUGCUGUAUCCAGUGUGCCAUGUGCGGAACUUAAUGCUCUGGAGUGCUGUUUACCUGCCAUGCUCUUCCCCCUCUACACCCACUGAUGACACUUGUGCCCCGUACCCUGUGCCAGGCUCUAGCCCUGAAGAUCAGCCUCUGGGCAGGUUACCAAAGACAAGAUCCUUUGACAAUCUGACCACAGCCUGUGACAGCAGCGUGCCUCCAAGCAAUCGACGCAGUAGCGACCCCAGCCUCAAUGAGAAGUGGCAGGAGCACCGCCGCUCCCUGGAGCUGAGCAGCCUCAGCAACCCUGGGGAGGACCCCUUUGAUGGCGACAGCCUCAGUAAACAGGGCAGGGCUCCGGUGGGAGCAGAGCUCUCUGUGGCAGCUGGUGUGGCAGAGGGACAGAUGGAGAACAUUUUGCAAGAGGCCACUAAAGAUGAUGUUGGUCUGGAGGAGCACUUGAGGGGGAGCCUUGAGACAGUAGGUAAAGGGGAUGAAAUUGCCCUGGAUAAGGAGAAGAGAACUGAAAAUGUACUUGGGUAUGUCAGUGACCUCUGUGGAAAGGCCGAGAUGGAUAAAGGUUUUGUAAUGAACAAUCCAGCUCUCAAUCCACAUCCAGCUUCACAAGGUGCUUCUGAGCUUAAAGGACAACAGGAUGAGCAUCCUGAUCUCAGUAACACUACCCAGAAGGUACCUCAGGCAAAAGGACUACAGGCUGUUCCUUUGGAGGGCUUUGUAAGUAGAGACACUCAAAGGAAUACAGAGGAGGAAGGCAUUAGCAAACUUGAAGGAGAAGCAGAGAGCCUGUACAGUGCAGCGCAGGCCAGCCUUCCGUUACCUCUCACAAUCCCACACGAGGCAAGGACAUCUAACAUUGAAAGUUCUACAGAAACCUUAACAGAGAAUGAAGCAAAGCAAGAGCUCAUUCUGAAGGGUCCUUGCCACAGACCUCCCCUGGGCAACAGCAGUGCUGAGGAACUAUCUCGAACUCUUGAAAACAGGCCGGAGGGGGAGAACAUGCUAGAGCUUCAGAAACUGGGAACAAAAGUACAUAGGACUUCUGGUAGCAGCAACACUCACAUCCCGAUGCCUUCCCCUUGUGCCUUGCCUUUAGCCGAACAUAAAGAUGAGAUUGUGUGUAACGGGGAGCUGGAGACUGAGAACAAGAUGACGGAGAAGCCCACGGGGUUUGGGAUGCCCCCGAAAUACCAUGCGACAAACGGACACUGUGUGAAUGGAGAGGACGGGCGGAUCAAGGCCUCCCUGAGCCGGCAGGUCUCCACAGCUAGCUGCAGCUCUGCACAGUUCCACUUGAGGAACCUGCACCAGAAAUGGAUGUUUAGCCACCUUGGUAAGCAGCAGGCAGCCAGCAGCCCAGACCAACCUGCCAGAAGUCACCUGGAUGAUGAUGGGAUGCCUGUCUACACCGACGUUAUCCAGCAGCGCCUGCGCCAGAUAGAAACUGGCCACCAGCAAGAAGUGGAGACCUUGAAGAAGCAAGUGCAAGAGUUGAAGAGCCGGUUGGAGAGUCAGUUCCUGAAUAGCUCCUUACGUCUCAAUGGUGAUUAUGGAGACGAAGUGACUUCUAUACCCGACUCGGAAAGCAAUCUGGAUCAGAACUGCUUGUCUCGCUGCAGCACAGAGAUUUUCUCUGAAGCCAGCUGGGAGCAGGUGGAUAAACAGGACACAGAGGUGACGCGAUGGCUCCCAGACCACCUCGCUGCGCACUGCUACGGCUGUGACAGCACCUUCUGGCUUGCCAGCAGGAAGCACCACUGCAGGGACAUUGAAGGUGUUGAUCAGAUCUGGAAUUGUGGAAACGUGUUCUGCUCCAGUUGCUGUAACCAGAAGGUGCCCGUUCCUAGUCAGCAGCUCUUCGAACCCAGCAGAGUCUGCAAAUCCUGCUAUAGCAGCUUGCACCCCAGCAGCUCCAGCCUUGACCUCGAACUGGAUAAACCCAUCACUGCCACCUCAAACUAAAGUUCCAGCCUCGAAGCAGCGGGGAGCAGCCGUGCCCAUUCCCCCCGGCAGCCAGGCAGGAGGAUUCCCGGUGGGCUGCGGCUGGGAGGACGGGAGCCACGUGUGCACAUGGGAGGUUGGGGCCUGGAACACUGCUCAGCAGGACAGACCUCGAGGACGUGCCGCUGGAUUGUGGGAUUCUCCUUUUCCAGCUCUUCCCCCUUUCCUUUCUGUCCUAUUUGUGUGUAUGUGUCUACGCGCGUGCGUGUGUGUGUAUAUAUAUAAUAAUAUAUAUAUAUGUUUGUUUGCUGGAAGGUUGUGGCAGUGGGAUGGGAGCUGGCACCAGAACCAGCUUUCCCCUUUGUAUUUAACUGUCCCACUGCAGAACUGUUGCAGACAGACAAUUCUGGGGGGGAAGGAGAAGAGGGGAAUGAAUCCAGCCAGUGUGCGGAGCGUGAAUUCCUGUAGCGUCAGUGCUAGCUCUUUCAAUCACUUCCAAACAAGAAACUGCUGUUUGGGAACCUGUUGCUGCUAGAAGAAAUGGGAAUCUCUUUCCCAGGAGAGCACUCUCCCUCUCUGUUCUUAGAGUGGGCUUAGUUACCCUCAAUCAGUCGCAGAGCUCUGCUUGCACACACACCGGGGUGCUCUGUUGCCGGCAGCUCGGAGCGGGAACGCCUGGAUAACGCUGGCGAAGGGAAGCACGUGGUUGUUGGGAGAAGGGAUCGGAGUGGCUGCUGAGCUGUGAUGGGCUUAACUCUGGUGCCUCUCAAGUUCUGCCAAUACAAUCCAUAUUGAAACCCGAGUGGGAAGUAGGAGACCUCCGAGUCCCACCCUCACCCCGGCUGUGGGGGGGUUACUGGGUGUGGAGCUGCUCCGGGGCAGGGCACUGGCCGUGGCUCACACAGGCACCACCGUGCUCUGCCCCAAACAACAGCAGAGCAGCGGGGAGGCGCUGGGCUCGCUCCGUGGCAGCGCACUGGUGCUUCUCUCCUCCUUUUCAAUCUGUAUCCAAUAUACUCCAGAUAGGAAAAACCUGCCUGAGGGUUUUACAAAGCCCGGAAAUACAUCAUGGAUUCCCCUUCUUCCUUCUGCCCCAAUCCAAGUCGCUUUUCAAGUCACCUCACUGAAGCGUGAAUCUCCUGAACAUCCCUUUCUAAAUGAGUGUUGGGAACUCCUCCCAUUCCCUUUGGAUAGAGCCUGCGUAGUGCAAUCUGGCAAGGAAGAAACGUAGAUCCUGCUUCACAGUGUGCUGCCUGGACACAGUUCCAGCUUCUCUCGUUAUACUCCCAAAAAUCCUGCUGGAGUAUUUGGGAGUGCUAGAUACAAAAGCUCAAAAUCUCAGAAGCCUUGGGAAGGGAGUGCUUGGAAUGUCGGAAUCCCAUAAUCCAAAGCAAGUAUCGCACAGAGAAAACCAUCUCAGAGUAUUCAUUAGGUCUGAUGGGGAAUGUCAAGGUAUUUUAUUGUUGACUUUGAACUUGCCCCCCUCUGGGUGAGCAGCAUUGUGGUGCCAGCUGAAGGUUCACAAGAUGAGCAGGAAUAUGCAGGGGCUGGUGCAGCCCAGCAGCCGUGUGGGAAGGGGUCCGGUGAGGAAGCAUCUUGGGCUCUCCCCUGGCACGGGUUUGAAACGUCGCUCAACCCAUCAGGAGGGAAGAGCACGGAUAAGGACAGGUUCUGCAGGCGCAUGGCUCUGGGGGUGUUUGUUCCUGACCCAGCGCAGGGCUGGGACGCGGCUCCGUGCGGAGCGGGAGCAGCCGGAGCAGGGAGAGCGCGACGCUGGCUCCUUCCCAAGGGGAAUGCUUCGAGGUCUGGCUCUGGGGGCCGUGGGGUGGCUUUGGGGUGAAACCAGCCAGAAACCAGAUUCUGCAGUUCUAAUGCCAGGUGCCAAGAGGUUCCGAUACGGGUGUGGGUCUGUGAUGUACAGUGUGAAUAAAUGCUUGCAGCUCUUAGUCCUUUUUUGAUCGAUGAAGCACUUUUUUUUAUUAAUAUUAUUUUUCUUUGUAUGUAAAGGAGGACCCAGGAUCUCUCCAGAGCUGUACAUAACCCCUCUCCUCACGAGAGGAAAGUGCUCCUCUAUUUUUCAUUUUUGUCAAAGCGAGAAGUAAAUACUUUAGAAUUGUUAAAUAUAUAAAUAAAAGUGAAUAAAGUUUAGCCUUUUGCAUGGGA